AUGAAUAAUGGGAUAAAUGUGACUGGUAGUGCCGCUCAAUGCUGCAAAAUGGCAUCGCCCAGGAAAACACAAAUCCGCAUCUCUAUGAUAUCAUUCAUGUUUGCAAGAAUACGACCAACGCAACCACUACUAUGGACUGUUCAAAGACUAUACUCCGGUAUCUCUUCCUCAAAGAAACAGGAGAAGGUAUCUUCGUUGUUGAAAUUUUUCAAGAAAACUAAACGAAGAAAAGAUUUGGCAGAUCCAACUCAUCCCAGUAACGUGACAUUUCUUGAAAUUCGCCAGUUUCUCAAAGACUUUUCAUGUCAAACGCAUACUAAUAUCACAGAUGCCGAUAUUCAUAACCCAUAUGAUAUCGUGAAGGCCUUUUUACCAUUUCAAAGACGACAUAAUGUCAUCCCGAGUGUGAAAAUAAGGGGUACCUCACAUAAUGGAGAUGGGUUGGCAAUUAUACCCAAAUCGAUGUAUGCAUCUGAAUAUACUGACUCGGAGAAUGUGCUUGGAAAAUACACAGUAUUGAUGAUUCCCAAAACUGCAGUGGGUGACAAAGUUAAAGUUUUGCUUAAGAUGCAUCACGAAUUUUAUGCAGAGGGAGAAUUGAUUGAGGUUUUGAACAAGGGACUGCGACAGAGUAAGAGAAAUGAACAGAUGAUAUUAUGCAAGCAUUUCCAAGAAUGUAACGGUUGUCAGCUACAAAUGCUAUCGUACCCGGAGCAGUUGUUGUUUAAACAAAAUGUCAUCAAAAGGGCGUAUCAGUUAUUCUACCCAAACUUGAAAAUCGAUCGUGAGUUGGGGGUGGUUAAUCCUUCACCCCUUCAAUAUUCCUAUAGAACAAAACUUACACCCCAUUUUGAAGUAAGAGAUGGAAAGUGUACUAAGUUGGGAUUUCAACAUGUGAAUAACAGAGGUAAAAUAGAUGUUGAAAAUUGUCCCAUUGCUACAGUUGAAAUAAAUGAUAAGCUACACCAAGCAAGAACUAAAUACUUACAAGGUCCACCAAUGAAGCAAUUGACAUUGAGGCAAAGCAUGCGUAUUGACCACGAUACUGGAGAAUUCUACGAGACGGCACUUGAAGGACAAUCGAAAGUUAUAACAGAAAGGAUUGAGGAUUUCAUUUACCAAUUUGAUUCAAACUGCUUUUUUCAGAAUAACAAUUCAGUAUUGCCAUCAGUUUUGGACUAUAUACGUUAUCACAUGAAGCAGUUAGAGACCCCAGUUGAGAACGUAGUUGAUACUUACUGUGGGGUCGGUUUCUUUGGUAUUGCGUUGUCAAAUUUCCAUGAAAAGUUGAAUGUGUUUGGGAUCGAAAUCAGUGAAUCAAGUAUCAAAUACGCAAACCACAACAUGAAAUUGAAUGGUCUUUACCCAGAGAGGACAAAGUUUAUUUUGGGAGACGCGUCCAACAUAUUUGGUAACGAUGAGUUCAAAAACAGUGGUAUCAAGGGCAAAGGAAGUGUGGUUAUUGUUGACCCGUCUAGAAAAGGUUCCGACGAGCUAUUUUUGAAACAACUCUUGCAAUUCGAACCAGAUAUGAUUGUCUAUGUUAGUUGUAAUGUAUUCACACAAGCUAGGGAUUUGGCCAAUUUUGAAGAAUUACAAGGUGAGAAUCAAAAGUAUAGAGUUGCAGAUGUUGUCGGAUUUGAUUUCUUUCCACAAACUAAACAUGUCGAGUCUGUUGCUAUAUUAAAAAGAAAAUUAUGUACAUAG